AUGGGCCUCCUGAGUGCGCGCCGAGAGAGGCAGGUUGACUGUGAGAACCAUGCGGGAUCAUGCGUGAUUACCGCCUACGAGACUUAUGGGCGCAUUUCGGAAACAAACAGACCCACCAGUGCUGCUACCGAAGGAUCCAUGUGGCAAUUGCACACGAGUCUCCACGAGUAUUAUCGGGCCUGCUUGUUGUCGGACGAAGCUGAUCGCGAUGAAAUUAGACGGCAAUUGGGAGGCGGGUCUACAUCUCCACCUCCACUACCAAAGCAAACCCCGAAGCGAGGGCAAGACGACAAUGACGCGGGGCCAAACCGGAAAAGAUCCAAGCAGGCACAACAGACCGAUGUUAUCGAUUUGGUAAGCUCUGAUAGAGGCGAAGCUAACCUUCCAGCGCCAAUUCAGAUUGCACCGCAACAUGACGCUGAUAAUGAUGAGGCUGACGUCGCACCGAAAGAAGAGAAACAGGAAGAGUGUUGA